AUGGAAGUGUCGCUUCUGCAGCCAACGAACCGUUCUUUUUCCAUACGGCAAGAAUCAGAAUCCUUGAGGGAGAGCGCAGAGUUUGCUUUCGAGAUUUUCACAGUGAUUCCUGAAACUUCACAUUCUCAACGUACUGCUUUCAAGGAAGCAGAAGAUGAGACAGAGACGGCCACAUCUUGGAAAUCUGCUAAGGAGCUAUUCACCGAGCCGCAUUUGAGAAGAGCAGUUCUGCUCAGCAUUUCUGCCUUGCAGAACACAGUCGCUCUUUGGUCGAUGUUGUUGUCUUCUACGUACUUUCUCGAAGAAAUCGGUCUUGAUCAAGCAGUCGCUUCUUGGAGCAGUACCGCAAUGACAUUAGGAUACGUUCUGGGCACAUUGGCAGGAUCGACAUGGAUCGAACGAUUUGGUCGCCGCACAAUUCUGCUUUCAUUCACCAUCGUUGAUAAUCUUCUCCUGGUGUUCUACGUAGUUUGUGCUGAAAUGAGUCCAAUUGUCAAACAGUUCCGAUACAGCUGCCUCGUUCUACUAAUCGCCUACGCCUUUGUCUAUGGGUAA